GAGCCAUAACAACCUCUGUCUCAUCUUCACAUUCAGACCACAAUAGGGAGCCUCAUAACAAUGCAGCUAAUUGGCUAGAUUACUAAAGUGUCUUUAACUGAAAUUUAAGUCAAAUAGUUUAAAUGUGAUGUAAUUAUUGAAGUAUUCAGGGCGUGGUGAUAUUAAUUGUAAAAUGGGUCAGCGCCUGAGCGAGGAUAGUGACCCGGACAAAGAAAUAGAUGUGGCCGAGCUGCAGGAAUGGUACAAAAAGUUUGUUGUGGAAUGCCCAAGUGGAACUCUGUUCAUGCACGAGUUCAAGAGUUUUUUCGGGGUCGCCGAUAACAAGGAGGCCUCAGACUACAUUGAAAGCAUGUUUCGAGCCUUCGACAAGAAUGGAGACAACACCAUUGAUUUUCUCGAGUAUGUUGCAGCCUUGAACUUGGUCCUGAGGGGUAAAUUGGAGCACAAGCUUAAAUGGACAUUCAAAAUGUAUGAUAAAGAUGGAAGCGGGUGUAUUGAUAAAACAGAGCUUCUAGAAAUUGUGGAGUCUAUUUAUCGGCUGAAGAAAGCCUGUCACGGAGAGCUGGAUGGAGAAUGCAAUCUGCUGACCCCGGACCAAGUAGUGGACAGGAUAUUUGAGCUGGUUGAUGAAAAUGGAGACGGAGAACUCUCCCUGGAUGAAUUCAUCGAUGGAGCACGGAGGGACAAGUGGGUGAUGAAGAUGCUGCAGAUGGAUGUCAACCCUGGGGACUGGAUCAAUGAACAAAGACGCAGUGCGAACUUGUAAGGCUGCAGCAUGGACUGUCGUCUGUCACACAGCCUUUGUUGUAUAGUCUUGUGUAUAGUCUCACUCAGCGCGCAUGCAUGUAAAUACAACAUUUCAAGCUAAAUAGCAUAUGUAAUAUUUUUCAGUGAAACAUUUUCACUCAAAAUAAAAAAAG